AUGACCAGUCCAGCUAAGAAAAAAUGCAGACAGUAUUCUGUCGAAUAUAUUGCUUUUGGAUUCAUUGAAUCUCCACAAAAUACUACAAUGCCUAUGUGCCUGCUGUGUAUGACCUCACUCUCAAAUGAAAGUAUGCGUCCCAGCAAACUGAAAAAGCAUCUGGAGACUGCACAUAAAGACAAGAAAGAGCAAGCCGCGCUAGAUUUCUUCAAGAAAUUACGUGAUGAGUUCCAAGGAAGGAUGACAGUGAAUCAUAUGUUUACCCAAAAAGUGGCAAAAGUAGACAGAGGGAUGUUGGCUUCUUACAAGAUAGCCAAAUUUGAUUGUAAAAGCAGGUUUCUUGAUGUAGAUGAAAUAUGUCAAGAAAUGCUUUUCGCAUUGAAAUUAACGACUGACACUAAAGGAGAAUCCAUCUUCAAAAAACUUGAGGUCUAUUUUGAGGAGAACAACAUUCCACUCAAGAACAUUGUGGCUUGUGCAACAGAUGGCGCUGCUGCUAUGAUAGGAAGGUAUCGGGAUUCAGUGCUUACUUAA